AUGUAUGUCAAAGAUAUUGAGGCUGACAUAAAUGAAAAAGAUCUUGUUUACAUUUCUUAAGGUAUAGGUUUGGCUUAAUACGGAAAGUACCGUAAUGUUAAACGUGCUUCAAUAUACGAAUCUUUAUAUCAGCAAAAUAAAAUAGAAAACAGAGAUUCUUCAUUUUACUAUGGCUCUGACAAUAAAUACCAUUUUGUGAUUUCCGGUUAUGAAAAAAUAAUGAUUCCAUUUCUAUUUAAAUAAUUAAUGGUAGAUGAAACUUAUCGUAUUAACUCAAUAGAAACUUACUUUUAAUUUAACAUCGAAUUUUGUGGUAAAAUUAUUCAUUAAAACAUAAGAACAUAUGUAGAUCCUACUAUGGAUGAUGAAGAUUUGAUUCUCAGUAGCACAUACUUUUAAUGUUUCUAUGAUGUUAUUAACGAGAAGCGACUUUUACCUGACCUUUCUGUGUAUACUGUAAACCAUCCUGGUUAGUGGUCAAGUAUUAUUAACGAAUUCACAUUAGGAUUGCAACUAAAACUAGAAAAAGAAAGAGUAAUUAAUUUCUAAUAUACAGCAGAAUAGUUUAUGAAAAAAAUAGAUAACUACUACACACUAAGACUCUAAUUUACCAACGUAUUGCAAAGUUAUGAUUUAAAAAUAGGCAAGUCACUUUAUAAAAAAUUAGUUUUCUUAAGGUAUCAGAAUGAUAAUUAAGAUUAUGUUUUUGGAGUUAAACCAAUAGAAGAAAAUAUAGCUUAUUCUUUUUGA